GGGCAUGAGACGCAGUUUAGCGGACAUUGUUGUGGCCACUCCAGGUCGGCUGGUCGAUCACAUCAACAAGAAUUCAGGCUUCAGUCUGGAACACCUCAGGUUUCUAAUUAUAGACGAGGCCGACAGGAUGAUUGACAGCAUGCACCAGUCGUGGCUCAGCCAGGUGGUGAAGGCGGUAUAUAGACCAGGAAGUGGACAGGAAGCCAUGUCCAUCCUCAGGAGGGCGGAGCCAGCACAUGUGACAGCAGCCAGGUGA